AUGAAGCGUCACGCCACAGGCAGGUCUACAACCAGGCUCGUGGUCGCGGUCUGGUGUGCCCUCAGUCUAUUGCGGAGCAUCGACGGCCUCUACACGGACUAUGAGCUAUGCACGGGAAGCCUAGCGACUGUCGAAGAUGGCGUUUGCGAUAGUUCCAACAACAUCGCGUCUUGCUUGUACGACGGGGGCGACUGCUGUCCGAGCACCUGUGUGUCAAGUGCUGGACUGUGUACGGAGGACACGCGGCAAUGCCUGAACCCCUCGGCGAGCGACUACCCUUACGCCGAGUACGGGAACUGUACGGCGAUGUCAGGACACUUGCCUUACAUCAGCGACGGCUACGAUGGGGGCGAUUGCUGUCCGUCGACAUGCGUCGUCUCGACCACCGAUUACUGCCCCGAAGAUAAUAGCGAGUGUGUCGACCCAUUUGCCGUCGACUUCGGCUAUCCGGGUUUCGAGAACUGCACCGGGUAUCCGCCAAGCAUGGGUAACGGGCUAUGCAUCCCAGAUAACAACAUCCCGGAGUGUGGGUACGACGGGGGGGACUGCUGCGAGUGCUCCUGCCAACCGGCACAGUUUAUGUGUCUCGGACGCUUUGACUGCCUAGACCCGUCUUUCAAUACCACCGAGUGUGUGACGAACACCACGGCCUGCUCUCCUGACCUUUCGAGGGAAUGGCUGGUGGAGGACACCGCCAACGCAAUCGAGUUGGCCAACGCCAUCAAUUGCACGGGCGGCACGUUUGACGUGGAGUGGCGAGGCAGCGUAAUCGUCCCCCAGACGCUGUGGAUAUCGCAGGGAACUACUGUCAACAUCACGGGGGUGGACACCACAGCGAGUCCAGCUGUUGCAGACGGAAACGGAGAGUCUCGGAUCUUCGGCGUGAUCAACUCUUCUCUGAAUCUACACGGGAUGACACUCUCCAACGGACAUGGCGUCGUAGGUGGGGCUAUUUUUAGUGCGUUGGGAACGGUAACGUUCAGCGGGAGUAGUGCAUUGGUCAACAACUCGGCCGAUGAGCACGGGGGGGCGAUGUUCGUUGACGGCGGGGCGGUGUCUUGGGACGGUGACAUGAUUAUUGCUGAUAACUCAUGUUCCUGGGAUGGAGGCGCCAUUCUCAUCCGCAGUGCUGGGUCUGUGUCAUGGAGCGGCAACACGACUUUCAUCGGCAACCGAAUCUACAGUUUCGGCCACAACGGUGGCUUUAGCUACGGUGGAGCUAUCAACGCUAUACUCGAGUCCAACGUGUCUUGGACCGAACAGACGAGCUUCAUUGAUAACCGCAUAGAUGUCGAUGCCGUCGACCGUGAGGUGGUGUGCUACGGCGGGGCCGUGGCGGUGGACUCGAACAGCUCGGCAAUCUGGAGUGGGAGUACAUCGUUCGAGGAUAACGAGGCGUGUUUUUGCGGUGGCGCUUUGCACGCAAAUGACACUGGCAUUUUCUCAUGGACGGGAGAAACAGUUUUUUCCAACAACCAAGCAACGAGCGGUGGCGUUCUUUGCUUGGAGUGGUACUCGAGUGCUUCCUGGUCCAAUUCGACAGCCUUCGUGGGGAACAAUGCUAGCGAGGACGGGGGCGCUCUUUAUGUAACAGAUAUCUCGUCUGUUGCUUGGACUGGGGACACCAGGUUUGAGGGAAACAGCGCGAGGAAUGGCGGUGCGGUUCAUGUCAGUAGUACCUCCUCUUCCAUAGCGUGGAGUGGAGAGACGACUUUCGAAGGAAACUUUGUAUCUGGAUCUGGUGGCGGUCUGUUUGUAGGGGAGGGCGCGGAGGUAAAUAUGACCGGACGGACGGACUUCUCGAAUAACCACGCCGACGUGAACGGGGGCGCCGUGGUAUCGGCCUUGAACAGCGUCACAGACGCGACCGAAAGCGUCAUUUCGAUCGACGGCAUCACCUCGUUCUUCAACAACUCGUGCCAAAGCUGUGGUGGAGCCCUGAUGAUCAGCGGAUCAGUAUCCCUUUCCUUCGCAUCUGACGGUACACAGUUCCUGCAAAAUGUUGCUGAAUCCGCGGGCGGGGCCGUCUGUCUCACAGGCGUUGGGGAAGGCCCGACCUUUAGCGGAAUUCGUUUCGAUUCAAACUCGGCGCAGAUCGGGGGGGCUGUGCGCUCCACGGGAUCGGGGACGACCAUAUUGGCUACCGGAGAGGAGUUUCCGGUGACGUUCACUGGCUGUAAUUUCACAGGGAACUGGGCGACGGCCUCGGGGGGGGCGAUGGAGAGCGCUGCUGGAAAGGAUUUGGUGGUGAAUUCCACGUUCUUGGGCAACACGGCGAGUCAAGGGGGUGCCGCGAGGUUCGCUGGCUCAGUGUCGGUCUCGAACUGUCUGUUCAUGAACAACCAUGCAGACGAGCAAGGAGGGCCAGCGUUAUCAAACGUGGGCUUCAUGGAGGGCAUAGAGGCCUGUACAUUCGCCGACAACGAUGUUCUCUGCCCUUCAGGAUUUUUCCUGGACUUCGUCGAUCUCUUUUCCUUGUUUGUCCUACCGUGUGUAUCAGACUGUGCGGUGUGCAGCGAUGGGUUCGCCGAAUCGCUGUCAUUCACAUGCAGCAACUGCUCGGAUGGCAAGGCAACCGUGGUGGCGCUGGUGGCGUUGCCAAUUAUGGUGAUACUGGGGCUGAUAUUUCUGGUGUACAUGGUGUCGAAGGAGCGCGAUCGCGAGCGCGACGCUCCCCCCCCGGCGGGACCAUGGCAUCGGUUGAAGCAGCUUCUUCCUCUGCAGUCACUCAAAAUCAUGAUCGUUGUUUGGCAGAUCUUGACCGAGCUCGCCUCAGUCGCCACUGUGUCCUUCCCUGACGUCUACGAGCAAUUCCUUGACGGGACCGCCUUCCUAGGCUUCGACUUUGGGUGGAUGCUGUCCGCCGGAUGCUUCGUCGAUAUUGACUUUCACGACCGCGUGGUGACAUCCACGGUCGGGCCACUGGUGGCUUUGGCCAUCCUAGGGUUGACGUAUAUCGUGGCGCGGUGUCGAAAUCGCUCAUGUGACCAGGCUCUCCAUAAAGUCCGCCGGAAGCACGUGUCUAUGGCUUUGUGGGUAUCGUUCCUGGUGUAUUCGCCAGUUUCAUCGACCAUAUUCCAGACGUUCUCUUGCGAAACGCUGGACGACGGAAAGACAUAUCUUCGUGUGGACUAUCGCAUCGACUGCGACUCUUCCAAACACCUGGCGAUGGAGAUAUACGCGGGGCUGAUGAUCUUCGUGUACCCGAUCGGCAUUCCGCUCGUCUACGCAGCCCUGCUUUUUGGGGGGCGUGACGCGCUGAAGAUCGCGGCUGUCCCCAACAUGGAGCAGUCGCGUGUGCAGGCUGCUGUCCAUUUGUCCUCUCCAUACCGGCCAGGUUGCUUCUACUACGAAGUCAUCGAGUGCGCCCGGCGGGUGUUGUUGACAGGUGAAUCAGUUGUAUCCAUAGUUACUGGCACUGUCUGA